GUCCUCCGCUUCCCGCCGGCAUGUCUCCAACCUCUGCCCGGCCCCGUCCGCCCUGCGCCUUCCGGGCCUCAAUCGUCCUCUCCCUCAGCCUCCCCGUUGCUGUGCUACAGCAUCACUGCGAUGCGGAGUCUCGAGCUGCGUUCCUUUCCGUUCUGUCAGUCCAAGCUCGCGCUCUUUUCAAACUGCUGGGGUGUGCGAAUGGACACCGUAGCACUAAGAAUGCAGUCGGUUUGUCGGAGAGUUGGUGCCUGUUCCUCAUGUUUGAACAGACAACUGAAUGGCUUCUUGGCACUCAUUAAACGGCAGAGGAGUCCAGUUCCUGUUUGUAUCAGAACUAUUUACAGCGAAACGGGGAGAUGGGAGAAAAACUAUGGGCAGGAGACAAGGAGAAGAGUGGAAAAUUGGUGGUUCCCAAGAAUAAAGGAGCAGUUCUGCAGAAUUUCAGAAACAGAUAAAUCAAGACCAAAAUUUUAUGUGCUUUCUAUGUUCCCAUAUCCUUCUGGAAAACUUCACAUGGGUCAUGUUCGUGUCUACACCAUCAGUGAUACUGUUGCUCGGUAUCAGAAAAUGAGAGGGAUGCAGGUGCUAAAUCCAAUGGGAUGGGACGCAUUUGGUUUACCAGCAGAAAAUGCAGCAAUUGAGCAUGGUCUUCACCCUGCAAGCUGGACACAAAGUAAUAUUCAACACAUGAGGGAACAGUUUGAUGCACUAGGUCUGUCUUUCACUUGGGAAAGGGAAGUAACCACUUGCUUACCAGAGUACUACAAAUGGACACAAUACCUCUUUCUUAAGCUUUUUGAAUCUGGGAUAGUGUAUCAAAAAGAGGCCUUGGUCAAUUGGGAUCCAGUAGAUCAAACCGUUCUAGCUAAUGAACAGGUGGAUGACAAUGGUUGUUCAUGGCGUUCAGGAGCAAAAGUGGAACAGAAGUACCUCAAACAAUGGUUCAUUAAAACUACUGCGUAUGCAAAGGCUAUGUUUGAUGCUUUGUCUGACCUUCCUGAGUGGUAUGGUAUAAAAGAAAUGCAAGCAAAUUGGAUAGGUGACUGUGUUGGAUGCUCUCUUGACUUCUUGCUGAAGGUUAAUGGUGAAGUAUCAGGAGAGAAGCUGGCUGCUUACACCUACACUCCUGAAGCCGUUUAUGGAGCUUCCCAUUUAUAUAUCUUACCAAGUCAUAGACUGCUGCAUGGAAAUAGCAGUCUGAAGGAAGUCUUUCAGAGGGAGUUCAUCCCAGGAAAAGACUCACUUACUUCUGUGACAGCUGUGAACUUGCUUACCAAUCAAGAGAUUCCUGUUGUAAUCUCAGCAAAAACAAGUUUUGAGAAUUAUCUUGAUACUAAAAUAGGAAUUCCUAGUACUAGUGCAGAAGAUGCUGCAGUAGCGAAGAAUCUGAGCAUUUCUUUUACUGAAGUCAUUGAAAAACUGCCAAAUGGUUUGGAGAAAGUCAUUAAUUCUGGGGAGUUCACAGGCAUGACUCGACAAGAUGCUUUGAAAGCUCUUACCCAGCAGGCCAAAAAUAAAGGAAUAGGUGGAGACCUAAUGAGUGACAAAUUAAGGGACUGGUUAAUAUCUCGACAGCGGUACUGGGGAACACCUAUUCCUGUCAUCCACUGCCAAAAAUGUGGCACUGUUCCGGUGCCUUAUGAAGACUUACCUGUGGUGCUGCCCAACGUAACCACUUUUACAGGGAAGGGAGCAUCACCUUUAGAAACUGUUCCAGAAUGGGUGAACUGUGCUUGUCCAAGAUGUAAGGCAGAAGCUAGGAGAGAAGUUGAUACCAUGGAUACAUUUGUGGAUUCUGCUUGGUAUUACCUGAGAUACACAGACCCUCACAACACUGACAGGCCCUUUAAUCGUGACUUGGCUGACUACUGGAUGCCUGUGGAUUUGUACAUCGGAGGCAAGGAGCACGCAGUUAUGCACUUAUUCUAUGCUAGGUUUUUCAGCCAUUUUUGCCAUGAGCUAAAGAUGACCAAAUACAAGGAGCCUUUCCAUAAGCUGUUGGUUCAAGGUCUUAUCAAGAAUCAGACAUUCAGACUAAGAACAACAGGCCAAUAUUUGAAGAGAGAGGAGGUUGAUCUCACUGGCACUGAACCAGUUCACCUAAAAACUGGUGAGAAAGUCCAAGUCACUUGGGAAAAAAUGAGCAAAUCUAAGCACAAUGGAAUAGAUCCUGAAGAAUUAAUGAAAGAGUAUGGCAUUGACACCAUACGACUCUACAUUCUGUUUGCUGCUCCUCCAGAACAAGACAUUUUAUGGGAUACUAAAACUGAUGCUAUGCCAGGUGUGCAGAGAUGGCAGACUCGCCUCUGGACACUUGUAACCAAACUUAUCGAGGCAAGGACUUCGGAAACCAUACCAAAUCCUGAGGUUCUGAGUAAGAAGGAGAAGGCUGAAGCCAAAAGGAUCUGGGAGCAAAAGAAUCUUGUAAUUUCUGAGGUAACAGAGUACUUCACAAAGGACCAUUUGUUCAACGCAGCUAUUUCUCGACUGAUGAGCCUUUCUAACGUACUCCAUCAAGCUUCUUGGCCUCUUGUUCUUCACAGUGCAGAAUAUGAAGAUGCUUUGGCUACACUCUGCAUUAUGGUUGCACCUAUGGCUCCACACAUUGCAUCAGAGAUGUGGAAAGGUUUGGCACAUAUGGAGAAUAAACUUUGUACUCAUCAUAACUGGGGUGCUGAUGUGCUGCAUCAGUCCUGGCCCAAAGUAGACCCAGAAUACCUUCAACCACCAGAUGUAGUGGAGAUGUCUGUUCUGAUCAAUAACAAAGCCUGCGGCAAAGUUUUUGUGCCUCAGCAAGCAGCCCGCAACGUUGAAGAAGUCCACGAGAUAGUUCUUCACAGUGAACUUGGAGCCAAGCAUCUCCAGGGACGAACCAUUAAAAAGGCCUUUCUGUCUCCUAGAACUGCCCUUAUCAACUUCUUAGUGCAAGAGUAAGACUUUGCGGGGCUGUGAAAGAGAACUGGAAUCUUUCAGGAUGAAAGCACUUCAAAAUACCAAUGAUGGCUAUUUAAAUCUCAUAUAACGGUGGGGGAGAAAUGCUAACAAAAUUAGGUUGCUGCUGAAUAUCCAUUUCAACGAGAAGGAAUGCACAGAAUUAAAGUUUUGUAUCAAGUCAUGGUAAGAUGCUGUUUGUCCAUAUUCUCUGGGUGAAUGAGAAGGAAAUACAGAAGAAGUAAGUAAUUGUAAUAGAAUGUAAGUGCUGUAAAGCACAUGGGUUUUAGGUCAGCCUCAGGAAUCUACCCUAUUUGAAAUUUGGCUUGGUCAAAUAUAGAGGCAUAAGUAUGAUUCCAGAACUAAACAGCUGCCAUGAGUGUGUGCUGCACCAAAUGUUAGGUGUCAGUCCAUCUUUGCUCCACCUAUCUCACAUUUAGAUGACCUACCAUUAAUCAGCACUUUCCGUAACAACAUUUUCUUAUAACUUAGUGUUAACUAGCACUGGCUAAUGGUUUUAUUCAUCAUAAAUAGCCAGAAUGGGGUGAUUUGAUCUAUUUCACAUGCCUUUCAGAGGCAAGCCAAGAACACAGUCAGAUGAUUUAGCUGAGCCCUGCCUUAGCCAGGAUCCUCCUUACUUGCUGGCAUAUUUUUGUUGGUUCAUACAUGAGAGAGUCAAAUUUCGCAAAGUGCCGACAAUUGUUUCUGCACAGACCAAAUGGAAGUGACUUCCCAUUCGUGAGCCAUCCCAGAGACUGUGGGGGGAGUUGAGAAAGGGACAAGGCAACUACCAGUAGUACAGCAGUACAGGCAGCCGCUGUGCUUUUUGAUUUCACCCUUAGUUCUUCUAGUGCCUAGAUUGUAAAACUUCAAUUAACAUUUGUUGGGUUUGGUUUUUUGUUCAUUUGUUUGUUUCUGAGGGGUUCUUUAAGUAGAAUUGGCAGUCACAUUUCUAAAAAUCAGAUGUCUGCAAAGCACAAAGCUUUUUUCAUGCCUCAUUCCAGCCAUAUUAUUUGCACACUGCAUUACUGUUACAUCCACAUGGAAAUGCUUACUGUAUUUAGCAAGUGCUUGAAAAAGGUUUUCAAAAGAGACAGUUACAGGGUUCAUUGUGCGAGCACGCCUCUUCUUUAACAACUAUUAAAAUCUGCCAUUUAUGAGCCCUUCUGACAGUUAAGACAAGGAGCUAGUCAAAUGGAGAGGUCUGCUAACCCUCCAGUCCAACAGCCAUCCAGUGUAUCAGACUAAAAGAAAAGCAGCAAAAAUCUCCCACUGAACAAUAUUUAAGUCCAAUGGAUCCUGAGCAAGUAAGAUCAUGAUAGAUUCUUUGAAGUGUCAGCGCUAAGGAAUACCAGAAAUCAAUUUGGUUUUAUGCAUUUUGGUAGCAAAGAUCUAGCUACGUAAUGGAGAUUUCAGGCUCAGUGAGCAGAGUAGACACUAAACUUUCCUAAGUGUGACAAAACUUGUCUGACUUCUGCUUCCUUCUGGACCACACUGGUGCACAUUUUCUCUUCAGCAGUCCUUUGACGCAAGAAUGACUAAGAAAUAGAAUAUUUAUAAUGAAGAUACGGUCUUUGCAGUCUUAAGACUUCCUAAAUCUUAGCCACAAAGGAAUGCAUUCAGACAUUUAAACACAGGCCUUUAGUUGGAGUUAAAAUAAUUUGAAUUCCAAUGUCUGCCUGACAUAUAUGUUGUUAUAAAUUGAUAAAACUCCUGUUCAGAAGUCCCUGAAAGACUGUGAAAGGGGUCUUUUAAAGUAAAAUUUGUAGCCCAAGCACAUUCCUGCCUUUUCCGUAUAAAAGUUUAACGUUCCCUAUGGAACCAUUCAAACAGAUUUUCUUUGGGGAAAGGUGACAUGUUUGGUGUAAAAAAAAAAACCAACCACCUUGUAAUAUUUUCAAGGAUGAAGAAAGAUGUUGUAAACCCAGCAGCUCUAUGAUGCCUUUAAACAAAAGCUGCAGUCACUACAGGGCUGAGCAGCAGACCACAAUGUUUACUGCUGUUAGUACUGGUUAUAUUUGCUCUUGCAGGAGGAAGAAGUGAAUCGUAGAUGUCACUUUGAUCCAGGCAGAAAGAAAAAUGUGGAAUGGACUCUCGACACUGAGAAAGGAAAAGUAGCAAAUAGUGUGUGCACUAGAAGUGUAUGGUCACAAGUCACACCAGCGUGUUUACAGUAAGGUGAAAUUCAGUGAGGUCUAGAGGAUACAAAAAGGUUUUGAAAAAGGGAAUGUGAGAGAUGAUGUGGAAAGUCUGACAGAGCCUAAUCCCCCAUUAAGUGUGUGUUUGAAGGAUGGCAGAGGUGCCAGCUGCAGAGCUUUGUGGUUGGCCUGACACCUGCUGAAAUUUUUCAUGAUGCUGACCCGAUCUGAAGCACGACUGCCAUUUGUCUUACGAUAAUUGAGACUUACAAGUUUGUUCUGUGCCUAGACUGGACUGACACAGGCUGUGAGCUGUUACUAACCCUCUUCAAAAUAAUUUACACAGAUGUCUGCCAUUUAUUUAACGGUUGUUACUUGUGUUACAGUACAGAUGUAUCUGCACGCUGAAGGCAGCAUAAAACAUUGUGCAUACCUGAAGAGUUCCAUGGCAAACAAGAUGGGAGUUUUAAAUCUGGAAGGGGAUGUUUGAGAAGCGAAAAGAAAAGGUGCUGAUGUCAGUCAGUCAAACUGCACAGUGCUGUCCCACACAUUAAAAUGGAUAGGGUGCUGCUGUCAUUCCAUGAAGAGAUGAUGAGCCAAAGGAGAUGUGAGAGAUUUGCUAAACUCAGUGGGAUGGGUCCAACACUAAGUGCUCCUGGAAGGCCAAGAAACAGGUCUGUGAGAUGGAAGAUAUAUUUUCUGCAUCAUGUCACUCACUUCUUACCCCAGAACCAUGAUAGGACAGUGCAAUGUAUUGGAUGACAUCACAGCCCAGAAAAAUGUUCUCUUAAGCAUAAGUGUUCAUAGCUAUCUGUGGUGACUGAGAUGAUAUUUGUGUGCCAGUGCUGCUUUGCAAUGAGGCAGUAGGGCUUUUUCUGUCACAUUAAGGAUCAGUGCUGCAGCUGAAGACACUCUAGCCAGGGUGCCCUACCUGUGCUCCACACAAAAGGCUCUGCAGGGGCAUUGUUGAACAAGCAUUUCUUUUUUCCAUGCCCGCCAACAGAGUCCAAAAACAGGUUUGAUGGAAAGAAUGAAAUCCAUUAUCUGUCUCUGAUUUACCAGAUUAAAGUAAUGCCUCAGAACUAGCAUCUGGUCAGAGACAGCUUUUACUAAUCUGACUUUGAAAAAGCCUGUUUGUUUCUUCUGGGGGCAGAAAUUCUACAGAUAAUGCAGGUCAUGCAGUCUCUCUUCUUUGUCUGUGUUUGGUUAGUGUGAAGCCUCACAUACUAUUCCUCUGCUCUAAAUUUUUGCAAUUGACGUGAACUAGAAAGAAUGUUAGUUAGCACUUUGCUGGUUGUUCUUUCCUUGAGAAAUUUGCAGUUGAUAGGGCUCUUCUAAAAGCCUUGCUCUAAGGAAGGAAGGGGAGAGAAACUACAGGUGUUUUUUUCUGUUUUCAAUACUUCUUACAGAAAGUAUUAUAGAAGGGGUGUUGGCUUAAUUUAUAUAUACUUACUGCAUUUUAACAGCACACGUACUGUUUUGCUGGAUGCUUUUUCUGCUCCACUUUUUUUUUUAGUGUCCCCCUCCCUGUUAUGAUCUGAACUAAUUUUGUAUCAGAGCACUGUAAGAGCAAUGCUGGAUGUGAAGGCAGAUACGCCAGCAGAAUCCAAAUGGUGACUGCAUCCAUGACAUGAGGAAGAAAGGUGGGAUUUUUUUCCCUUUUCCUGAAUAAACCAACUUACUGGUACUACAAAGCAUUUCACAGUUCACCGAGCCCACCUGUCCCCGGAGGCCCAAAGUCACACAGAGCAUUUUCUUGCAGCUCUUUCCUCACUCGAGUAAGCACUAGGCAGGGCAAAUUUGUUCCGGGCAACUGCAGGUCUGGUUUUGGCCCUGGGGAGCUGCACACCAGCACCAUCUUCCUUAUAAAAUUAGCUCCAGUUCUCUGUGUAGUCAGAGUGUUUCAACAGCUGAAAGCAAACAUUUUCCUGGGAUUAUGAAGUGUUGGUGUCCGAUUCUGAGUAUUUUUGCCUGUGUGUUGCAAGGUUACUGAGAGAAGUCCUGCUGGCUUUCCUUCUGCGUUGUCUUGCAGACUCAGAGACAAGUGAGCUCUUGUGGAUGUUGUCAGCCGAGUGUUGCUCACACCUGUGAGAGAUUCUGAUCACAGGAAUCUCAUCAAAACACCUUGUGAUAUUGAACAUGGAGGACUUUUCCUUUGGCACUCAUCUGCCUGCACCAUGCCAAUUUGCAGUCCAUUUUAGGCCAUCUAAUUGCUCGCUUAGCAAAGGAACAUGUAAACAGAAAAAGCUGGAGUAGAAUCUAUUGAAUACCCACAUUCUUUAUGCUUGUGAUGCAGCCUGGGGCAUUUGGGGUGUAACAGUGCUUUUAAGAGCCUCAUCUUCAAUGGAAUUCUCAACAGAAUCAUGUACAGAAAUGUGUGCCUUUGUGCUUGCUCCCUUGAAUUGUGCAAGUCUUAAUUUUGCAUGCAUGUGGUGCUAAUCAGAUGCAAACUUGGACCUUCACACCUUGUGCCCUGCUGGAACUUACCAGAGGCUCUUUAGCUACACCCUCUGGGCUGGGCACAAGAGAAGAGCCUACAGUCACACCUAGGGCUCUGAACUUCCUUAUCUGUGAGCAGCUGCUUGCAUCUGCCAGAAGUGAGCGUGAAAGGUCCAAGGUUCUCCCAAUACACCCACCUUCCGCUGCCAGAAGAAACACAGGCUGCUGAGCAAUGGGAGCUGCUCUCCAGCCACUCAGCAUGGUGCCAGCAGGGUGCUGAAUACAUACAGUUGGAGCAGCUGUAGGGGAUCCAAGGCACACUGCUUUGGAAUAAUAAACACAGGACAAAUAACCAAGGCAGAAAAUAGAGCGAUUUAAUAACAGCAGCAUGACACCGCUGGCACUGCUGGCCUGGUUUUGUUUCGGAAGAAAAUUAAGAGAACUGGUGUAACAGGAAAUUAUUUUCUGCUACAAAGGGAAAUCAAUUGUUUUUAAAUACUCAGCAGUAUAAUUAGCAAAUCUUACUAAUUGCUGCAAAAUAAGAAUACAAGCAUGCAUUGCUAGGCUGGCUAAGCCAAGAAAGUACUGUGAAAAAAUUGUAGAAGCUUUCAGAAGUGAAUAUUUUUCUUAAGUACGUCUCCAUCCCUGGAGAUCCACGUGGCUGGAUGAAAUAGCAAGGGUGCAAUAAAAAUAUGUUCUUCCCAAUUUUCCCAUGUGAAAGAGCAUUCAAAAACAUCUGUUAGUCAGAGAGAUCCUUCUAGGACACGCACGGAAGAGCGGGUGGAUGCACUGGCUGUAUCCACUCAGCCCUGCAAAGCCACACUCAGCUGAUGACUAAUAGCAGGAUGUCGUCGGCGUGUGGUGCUCCUCCAGCCUGGGAUUACUAAAGGCCAUGCAUGCUAGUUGAGCAGGUCACCAUGCUGUUCGUGUUAGUGUGCUGAUAAAGAGCAGGGAAAUGGAGCUAGAAACAUCUCCAGACGAGUUUUUGUUCCGAUGGAAGGCUACUUUUAGUAGAAAACAGAAAGAAAAACAAAUUGUCUCAUGUUCAUUAGGGAAGAAGAAAACCAGCAAAGCCACCUAUGGUAUGUAGGUGUAACUCUGAAGCCACCAAAAGCAAGCUUUUGGCCUGGUGGGCUGAGGGAAAAGGGAGACCGCAUGCACACCCUCUGCUCAUGGCAUUUGCUUUAUCUGCUUCUGCCUGGGCUCCUGAUGGGUUCUCAGUGAUUUCCCAGCACUACUCUACUGCUUAAAGCAUUUUUACAGCCCCAGAAACUGUCCCUAGGCUGCCCCUGGCCCUUCUGUGCCAUUAGUGCUAAUUAAGUGGCUCUUAGUGUAAUUUACUGCAGAGAGCACACCCUGUAACAGGCAGUUGUAGUUUAAGGAAGCAAAAAAUUAGUUGGGCCCUGUUCUUGCCCUUGUUCUGAGGACAGGAUGCACACACUUAGAUGGGCUGCAGCCUCCUCAUCCUCCCCUUGGGUUUUGCUGGGGCAGGAGCAAGGAGCCUGGCAGAGGACAGCUUUGUCCCUGUGAUGUGAUUUCUCCCUUUUCUGCCACGUGAGAACAGGCGCACAGGCAUUUUUUCCUUGUCCAGCUGGGCUACAUGUGGCACAGCAGGACGCAGCUCUAAAGGGUGGCUGCUCAGGCAGGGCACCUCAACAACCCUAAAUUUCAACUGCCCUGGAGUUUAACCCUGUGUCUGUGGAGAAGCACUGCUCACCCCGCAGCAGCAGCUCGGCCCACACCAGGCCAUGGGGUUCUGGGGUUGGCAUGGCCCUUCCUGCUCUGAGCUCCUUGGGGGUUAAAUUUGGAGGGAAGCAAGAGGAGGCAGGCAGGGCAGGCCUCCCAGAGGAAUGCAGAGGCCCUGGGGCAGCUGUGAGGGGGAACAACAUCUCCAAAAUGACGCAUUCUGGCAGUUUUCAGAAGGUGGAGGCUGAGGUUUGGGCUCUCCAUGCUGACAAAGUUCCUGGCAGCGGCCUUCCUGCCCCACAGUCUCCUGGCCUUACCUCCCCUGCUGCCACCAGCUCUUUCCAUCCCCCCCUCCACUACACACCCCUGGAGGAGCCUGAAGCUUUCCACAGAAAAAAAAAAAAAAAAAAAAAGAGGGGAAAAAAAUAUCUGUUUUCUCUUUCUCUCCAGAAAAGGGUACACUGCUGUGUUGAAAUGCACAGUGCUUCCUCUAUUGCUACCAAGGCUCAAGACAUGCUUGCCCAUCAGCCCUCAGUGUUGUCCUUUCAAUACAACACACCUGACCCAAGGUCAUCCACUGUAGAGAGCCACAGAGCCAAUGCUUGUAAGUCAACAACUCAUCCUUUGUGAGGGAUAAAGCUGGCUACACCAUUGCAACGAGAGGCAAGCAACUCGUCUGCUGCACAGAAAGACCCCUCUGGGAUCAGUGCUGUGUCAGCCUGAGCCAUUCUCCUAUGGCAUCUUUCCAACAAAGCUGCCUGCCUUCAUGCUGCGCUUUCAGGCUGUGCUGCACUGGUCAGCAUUGUAUGGCACGAGCAAAUACACUGCAAUCCAUAAGCCUUGCCCAUGGGAACUAACAUGGAAUAGAUGAGCACUGGCUUUUCUUCCAGGGACUGUAUUUAUAAUAAGUCAAUUCAAGUAAAUGCAUAUAUUUUGGCCUUGUAGUAUGACAUCAGUUGUGAGCCCCUUCAUUCCUAAAUAGGCACUGGCUGCAAAGCUCACAGGAACUAUGACAAAUUGAGCUGGUAUCUAAUUGCAGCAUCAGGGUGUGUGAGGCAGUGUAGCAUUACACCUCCAUUCUGAUAAAAUGUUCAAGUUAAUCAUCUGUUCAUUUGGGAGUAUCGCUAGCCUAAACCCCACUGAAAAUAAACAUGAGCACAGAACUUCAGAGGUACCUUGGUACCUGAGAGGUUGCUGCUUUACACUCACCAAAACCAUGGCAUGUCAGGCCCCAAAACAAAUGCCUGUAAGUUGCUUGGCUGUGGUUCCUAUCCACAGGAGCUCAUAAUCACAGCGUGUGCUCAUGCGUACAGAGCCUGGAGCGAGGCCAAGUGCAGCUUCAUGGUUCAGUGUCUGAAGGUCUUCAGCAGGGUUUUCCACACUGUCUGUGCAUGCAUUGUUCUUCCCACAGCUGAUUUUAUCCUUUGGCAUAGGAAGGAAAUGUACUUUGCAUGGCUGUGAAGGUCAGCGGUGUCAGUGCGGCAGCUCAGCAAGAAGGCUGCUUCCCCAGAGGUGAGGGCUCCUGCGAGCCCAGCAGUAAAACAUCCCACAGAUGUUAGCUCACAGAUAAAAUGUAGCGGCAAAAAAUGUGUGCACAACCCUUACAAAAGAAAGUCGGAAAAAGUCCUGAUCUGAGUGAAGUCACAGAUUCUUCCUUGCUUUGUUUUUGAAAGCUGAAAAUAGAUACUUCUAUUCCAAAGUCGAUACUUCCAUUCCAAAAUACUUCUGUCCCACCAAAGGGUUUGUUUCCUAAAGUUCUCAGGGGCCUCAGCUUGGUCUGCAGGAAAAAAUGGUAGGCAUGAGCUGGGUCUGCACCGUGCUGGGUAAAAGCCUGCCUUCACCUGGUGCACUGCGCAUCCUUGGGUGAGGAGGAGGGAAGUGGUGCGAAGGCGAUGAAUGAUUCCCUUCUCCACAGCUCUUUGCCUGUGAACAUCACAGAUUCCUCCCAGGGAAAAGCAGUGGGGUUUAUGCUGCCAUCCAUCUACUUGCUGUUGCGUUUUCUUAUUCUCUCAAGCCAAGGAAAUGUAGAUCUGCUGUUCAGUACCAACUCCUCUGCUUAUUGUUUUAACAUUUGAAACAAAAGUGGUAACCACUGAAGCUAAGCCCGAGUAUCUCAGCUCGCUUGGUUUCCAGCAGUGCUCUGAAUGAAGCCAGUGGGGAGGAGGAAGAGGUGUUGAAUACCUGCUGUGAUCCAGCUCAUCAGCUCAAGGAGUUGGGAGUUUGCAGCUUUGCACCUGGAAAUUCCUGGACUUCACGGAACAAUGAGUCCCAUCCGAGUGCUGCUGUGCUGCUGCCUCUCGUCCUCUUGACUGCAAACACAACCUGAAGAAAUGGCCUUUCUGAGCAAAGCAGCGGGAGAACUCAGGAAGCUCUUUCAGGAGCAGCAGCUUAGAUCUAUGUGGGUACCCUCCGUGGCACACAGUCACUGCACUAAGUGAGCUUCCUUUCCCAAUUGUCCUGGGGUCGGAGGAAGCUGGCCUCACAUCUGUGGCUUUUCAGGUCCUUUCCUCUGAGCUCAAGCACUGCCCCAACAGACAUCUUCUAGGUUUUGCUUGAGGAUUUCCACAAGCUGAUGCCAAAUAAGGGAAACAAAACCUCACACUGCUCUUUGUUCUUCAUUUCUGCACUGCCAAGAGUGAGGGAAGUUUCCAGUCCUGGGCUGGCUCCAUUGGUCUCAGAGCAGUGCUGUGCCACUGUCUCUCCCUUGCCUGGAGCAGUUUUCUUCCCGGGGCAAUCACACACUGAGGCUCAGGCUUUAGUUGAGCUGUGGGCUUAAUCUCAUAGCUCCUUGAUUUUGAUGGAGUCGCUUAGGAGUCAGUUACUUUUGUUGUCAACCACUGGUGGCUCAAGCUGAAACCUGCUCAGCACAGCAUACCUGCUGGGGCUGUCCUGUCCUCAGCUCCUCAUCCCCUGACCCAUCUGACACAGCACAGCCCAGCAAUCCCCGCACUCAGAGCUGCUCUUACCUGCUUCUGGUCGUAGCCACCGACAGUUCACAUUUCAGCUGCUGAUUUUUCUGCAAAGGGAGCACAAAACAGCCCUGUCUGAGGAUGUUUUCUUCCCUCAGCCUCCCCACGGCAGAGCAAGGCUCAGAGAGGCCAGAUAGAGGGGCUGGUUUGACAGAUGGGAUUGUUUUCCCCUUGUGCCUCAGUGCUAUCCAUCACUUAGAAGCUCAGCAGGCACUGAAGGCCUCCUGAGUGAUUUACUGCUGCUCCUCGUCCCCCAGCCCUGCUCUGUGCUGCUGCCUGCCUCCACAGAAAUCACUGACCACAGACACACUGAUCAUAAAAACACCAACCGCCUGGGUUCACUCAUGUGAGUCCAGUGUUUAUCAGGAUUUUGGCUGAGGCUGAGGUGGCUGCAGCGGGCGACACGUGCCUCCCUGGGGGGCUGCAGCUCACUGGAAGGGGUGUGCCAUGUUAGGGCCUGCGAGCUGUCCCUGUUGCUAAGCAGACUUCUUGCAAGGGAGCUGCUAGAAAAGGAGAGGAUUUUUUGGUUUCUAACACUUUGGUCACAGCCUGAUUCACGGUGCAUUCCUUAACAUCUGGGCUCUAUCUCCCGAGUGCUGGGGAAGCGUUACGAGUCUGAGCACACGCACCCAGGCCUGCAACUUUCAGUGGAUUUACUGAGGGGCACUGCAGCCCUCAGGGUCCAGAGCAGGGACUCCCUCAGACUUUGGUUGGUCUGUCAGCCACGGCAGGUCAGGAUGGUGCCGUGCCUCAGUAAAUUAGGGCAGCUCAGCCGGUGAGCACAUUCCUGCAGCUCCCGCUCCAGGAAUGCAAACUAUUUCCCUGGCAGCUCAGAGCUCUGCCUUAUCCUUGGCACUCACAGCUCUGCUUAUCGCUGCUGGUGCAGCCCUGGAGGGUAGCAGGGCAGCAAGGUGCCCGCAGCUGGGCAGCGCUGAGCAGAGGAGUUGAGGGAGGGCUUGUCCUCACCCCAUCCACCCAGCGCCAGCCUCGGGGCAGUCCAUCCCCUCCUAGCAGAUAGUACUCCUUGCAGUCCCGGCGGUACCGGGGACCUUUUAAAGGCAGCAGUUCUGCUCCGGCUGUGCAGACCCUGUGCCGAGCAGGCUGUCUGCAGGCUCCAGGUGCCUGGAUUUGCACUUGGGCCCGCGUGUGCCUUCCUCACGUCUCCUGCCGUCCCUACACAGACCCACUGCUGGCCCUGCUGCCUGCCUCGUGCAGCUCACAGUGUCACGGAGGUGCAGCUGCCAGCUUCCCACGCUGCCUUCAAUGUGUAUUUUGCCACCGUCCCUGAGUGCUCUCUCUGAAUCGCUCCUUCGCAAAACUCGGCCGUGUGAAUUCCCACCUGUCCCCCCGAGGGCAGGCUGCCCGGAUGCCGCGGGCUCUCCUCCUCGGAGAUCUCCAAAAGCGCCAGGACGGGGACCGGAGCCACACCAGGGCUGGGCACACCCGCUCCCCGCGCGCCGCCCCCACACCCCACCCCGGCGCCACCGACACUCCCGGCUCAU